AUGGUAAUGGAUAGGCAUCAGUUUACUCCAAACAAUAUCUACAAUGUGGAUGAAACUGGCUGCACUACAGUGCAAAAACCUGGUAAAGUAAUUUCAAAAAAAGGUAUAAAAGAAGUUGGCGGUAUUGUAUCUCAGGAAAGAGGUUCCUUGGUAACAAUGUGCAUAGCCAUAAAUGCACUUGGGCAGAGCAUUCCACCAAUGUUCAUAUUUCCGUUAAAGCGAUACCAUGAACAUUUUGUAAGGGAUGGUUCUCAGGGUAGUAUUGGUGGAGGGAACAAAAGUGGUUGGAUGCAGGAGGAAAAUUUUCUUCAGUUCAUCAAACAUUUUGCAAAAUAUGCAAAACCCAGUGAAGAAAAUAGAGUCUUACUAAUUCUAGACAAUCAUACUUCUCACCUAUUUAUUCCAGUAAUAGAUUUUUGUAAAUCAAAUUUCAUCACUCUCUUAUCAUUCCCUCCCCAUACUUCCCACAAGCUUCAGCCGCUUGACCGAGGAGUUUUUGGACCAUUUAAGAGAUUUUUUAAUAAUGAAUGCGAUCAGUGGGUAAGAUCAAAUCCAGGAAAACGAAUGACGAUCUAUAACAUACCCGCUCUAGCAAAAGACGCCUAUCUACUAGCAAUGACUCCAAAGAAUAUCACAGCUGGAUUUCAAUGUACUGGAAUCUGGCCCUUCAACAGAUAUGUUUUCUCUGACGCUGAAUUUGAUCCUAGUAGUGUUACAGACAGACCCCUGGAGGACCGCAUAGCGGCAGACAUUGUCCAAGAAGAGAGAAGUGGCAAUAAUACCAACCCUAGCGCCUGCGAAGCUGGUUUGCGAUCAAAACUGGAUACAAUUCUUGACGUCUCAAACACGACGAUUGAAGCCAAGCCUAGCACCUCAAAAGCUAACUUAUCAUCAGGAGUGGUCACGAUUCUUGAGGAUAUAAUAAUCAAAGGACCGUCUUCCACAUCAACAAGCAGUGUCAAUAAUAAACAGCAUACAAUAGGUUGUUCAACGCCACCACUGCCCAUUUUAAAACAAUCGGUGUCCCAGCCGCCUUCAAACCAGACCAGAGUGCAUUCGCCCAUUACCAAAGUUUUGUGUUUUCACACAGAACAUAUGCGUCUAGAGCGUUACAUUCGAAAGCCGAUAAAAAAGGGAUUUUGA